UUGGCGAAGACGCCCUCGAGAUUUACGAUACAUUCACAGAAGCAGAAGAAGGUAAAAUCGACACUCGAUAACACUCUAACCCUGGACAAAGCCAUCAACACCGUCCGAGCAGCUGAGAUAAGCCACGCACAAGUCAAAAACCUAGCAACACAACCACUCGAAGCAGCUGCCAUCCAAACUACGAGAGCUAGCUACCAAAAACGAAGCCCUCAACAAAAAGGAAAACCUUGUAGACGUUGUGGUACACAUCACCUGAUUAACCAAUGUCCAGCUUACGGCCAAAAGUGCUCAAAGUGUCAAAGCAAAAACCACUACGCCAAAAUGUGCUUCGCUAACUCUUCCAGACAUAAACUCCACAAAAUCACUCAAGAAACCCCUCAAGAAACUCAAGACGGUGUUAAAAACUACCACGAAAUUUUCCUCGGUGAAAUAAACAAGCCUAACGGAAACGAAAUACUCACUAGCAUUAAAGUAAACAACAAAGUCAUCAGCUUCAAAAUCGACACUGGCGCUCAGUGUAAUAUAAUGCCACUCAGCGUGUUCACUUCACUAAACGACAAACCAACUCUUUACCAGACAAACACAAAAAUAAAGGCCUACGGAGGAACCCAAGUACCUAUUCGUGGUAAAUACUACAUGAACAUCGAACACAACAACAAGAAAAUUCAUAGCGAAUUCUACGUCGUUGAAAUCGACAACUCGAAGCCACUGAUUGGUCUACAAACAGCCGCGACCUCGACCUCAUUAGCAGAAAUGAUGUCUGUGAAAUUCACCAAACCGAACAAAACAUUUUCGUAGAGUAUCAUGAU